UUAUUAAGUUAUUAAUCUUAACGAUCGAAUCAACCCGCGGGGUUCAAGAGUGAGAGUACUUCUCUCUCAGAGCAAUGGACAUGCUCUCAGAAAGUAUUGUAGAAAUUCCUGAAAGAGCGAGGUCUCCUCAAAAGUUAGAUACUGUGUGUGAAUCGAGAAAGAUGACACUGAUAGAAUCUGAAGACGGUGGAGAAGAUAGCUUUUUGAAGCAGUUUGAUCCAGGGAAAUGGCCUGAUGACAAUGAUGAAAACUCAGCGUGGUUAUAUUCUUGCAAUGCAUCUUCUCCUUCAUCCUGUUUAUCAUAUGGAGUUGAAGAUUGUGAAGGUUCUUUGCAAUCAAUAUCAGAAAAUCCAGAACUUCUGCCAAAUAAAGCUGCCUUUUUGUUUGAUGGUUCAAGAGUUAGUCCUGUGGAAGAGACUUUGAUUGCUCUUAAUGGAAAUCUAUCAAAAAACGAAACUAUAGUGCAGGAAGACUUGGAAGGAGGUGAAACACUAACGUGGAUGAUAACUCCAAUUAGGAAUGACUUCUCAGAUUCCUCAACAUGUUCUAAUCUUUCGGACUCCUUUUUGAGUAUGUCCUUGGAGGAUUCCAGCACUUCAGAUGAUUCUUCCUCUCAGUUCAGCAUUGAUCUCGAUUCCCCUUGUCUUUCCCGUGAUGAUAGAACAGGUUUCUCACUUUCCUUAAUUAAUCUUAAUGGUCAAGAUUCUGAUUGGUUUUCAGAUACUCAAUCAGAAAUAGACUUGAUACAUUCUGAUUUCCCUAGCCCUUCAUACAAGAAAAGUUGGGGUUUUAAUUUUCAUUCCUCUGGUUCUAGUGUUUCAACAGCCAUCAACAUGAAAAAACCUAAAUCCAAGUCUACAAAAAGUUGCUUUGAUGAAAAUUUAGAUGCCUUCGAUUUAGCAGAUUUCAGUCCUGAUACUCCACUUUUCUGGCCAACGAAUGAGAAGUCUGACUGGAGUUCGGAUGUCACAUUAGACUUCUUAAUGAUGUCGCCUCCAAAGUAUGAGCACAAGCUUUUACAUUCUACAGGGAGCUCACAUGGAUCAUUUAGAUUUAGAGUCCACCAGGGCAGAAAAAUGGAGAUGGGGAAAGAUUCGAGAAGAAGGCUCGUUUUCGGGUCAGGAUCAAAGUCAUCUAAUUCUUUUGAGUUCAACUGCAGAAAUGGUCAAAGGGAAGUUAGAAGAAGAAGCACGAUGCCUUUAACGUUUAUCAAAUCAAGGAAAUGUCCGGCUAAAACACCUCUUCAAAGAAAAGCUGAUAGUUUGCUCAAGAAAUCAGCUGGAUUGUCUAAGGAAGACUUCAUUUUGAGCCUAGAAGUAACAGUUGAAACAAUGGUGGGCCUUAAAGAAUUUGAUGGUCAUGAGGGAAUUGAGUCGGAGUUUAAUAAGGAUGACUUCUCCUUGGACGAGGAUCUUUGAGACUCUAGUCUGCAUGCUAUUUUUCUGUUCUCAAGUAUACACAGGGAUUUCAUUAUCAAAUGCGCCAAGAACAUCUGUUACAUGGUCUGACUAUUUGUUCUCAUUGAAUACCUUAUUCAAUAGGGACCAAUAAUUUAAGCAGAUUGUUGCACAUCAAUGUGCAGUUGUAUAUCAAAACAAUAGUAGAUUUUGGCAAUUUUCUAUAAAAUUGGACAACAGUUCAGUAAUUCUUGGUCAUUAUA